UGGCAAUCUACACCUCUUCUCAACUGAGAUCAGCAAACCAUACUUUCUUGCCCGCAAGAGAAAGAUAGACAAAGAAAGACCAGAUCAGGAAAAAAAAUUGGAUCAUGGAAGAAGUAGAAUCUGCAGCAUCACAACAAGAAGUCACUCCCAAGAGAAAGCAUCAUGAAGGUUCAGUAGCUUCUAAUAUCAGAAGAGAAUGCCUUUCCUUCACAACUUCAUUACAAGAAGGUUUCCGCUACAUCAAAGGAAUUGUUGUUGGACAGGCAAAGAAAAUGACUGCCAAGGAUGAGCAUGAAGCUACUGAAGCUGAUCUGUUGGCUUCAAAGAUGCAAGUUGAUGCUGCUGAUGAAGCUGAAAGUACCAAGAAGAAACUUGAUAAAUCCUAUUAAACUUUGUCUUGUGCGUUUAUUUGUCUGAUCUUCAGUGUGUCCUCUUUCAGUUUAUGCAAAAUAUUGUGGACUAUGAUGCAUGCAUGUAAAGUCAUUACGAUGAUAUAGACAUGGAACAAAUGUUAUGCUCUUAUGCAUAAUUUUCAA